UCUACAGCUGUUCAGCUAUUUACUCAAUUGUGUUUGAAUACAGAAAAUAUGUGAAUAGCUUUAAUAGUUGUAUCAUUGUUUUAAGUAAAGACAUUCAUUGAUGUAUCAAUCAACUAGAAAUAGAUUAUUUUUCACUUGCACAACAAUUUCUAUAAGCAUCAGUACAUCAUUUAUAUUGAGGCUACCAUGCAUAUCAUAUGCCUCUUUUAACAUAACACCUAAUAAAUACUUUAUGGGAGUCAUCGAAACAACAUUUUUUGCAGAUAGUAUAAAUGAUUGCGGUAUUUACUGUGUUAGAAGCCUAAAUUGUGUAUUUGCAAACUAUAACAUAAAUCAGCGCACUUGCCAAAUAAUGUCAUCAAAAGCAAAUUCUAAGGACAGUACAAACGACCAGCAAUGGACAGUUCUAAUAACUGAUUCUACAAAUAAUAAAAAUCUUGGUCCUCUUUGUGAAAAUAACACACCUUGUGGAAAUCUAUAUUGCAGAGAUGUAUGCUCAACAGAUGCUCUAGUUCACAAGUAUCAGUGUUUAGAUAUUUCAAGAGAUGCUACUCCUUCUUUAUCUUCAACGUACUCUGCCUUAUUUGCAAGUAUAUAUGCCAUUGAUGGCGAUUUAACAACUUUAGCACAUUCUCGUUUUGAACAUCAAAGUUGGUUUAAACUAGAUUUACAUUACGUGUAUCAGAUUAUGCAAAUUGUAAUCUUUAAUCGAGUCAGUUGUUGUCAAGAACGAAUGAACGGUAAUCUAUUGAUUGUGAGUGUAUCGGACGAAUACUUAAAUGUUCCUGAAAUAGCAACGUUGACAUCUGACUUGAAGCAAACAUUUACAGGUUUAUUUAUUGGCAGAUAUGUUUUUCUUGUUCAACUUUCCGAUAAUCCUUUGCAAUUAGCAGAAAUAAAUGUCUUUGCGUAACUAGUUAGUUUUUAAAUGUAAUUUUUAAUUAUUUAAUAAUGUUUUUGACCUUUUUUGAUACUAUUUGCCAAUUUUGUUGUUUCUUUAUUUAAUAUAACAACGGAUGUAGUCUAGAUUUAAUUGGUUUCUUCUUUGCUUUUUUUUAACAUUAAAUUAUGUAUUUAUGAUAAA